AAAAUGCAGGAAACCAACAUUCAUACUGCAGGACGAAAUCUCCAAUUAGAUCAAAAAAAACAAAAGUCCCUUCACGAUGUUUUACUCAAAAAUUUUGGAGCAGUACCUAAUCCGGCGAACCCAUUUUUAGCAACAGUCCUUCUUUGUGGUGAAAAAGUGGAGGAUGAACCUACUUGCACAUCGCUAAAGACUCUUCUGGAUGAAUCCUUCAUGAAGGCUGAUUCAAUAAAUCCAUUUGUAAAGGAAUCUGAAAAUUUCCACGUAUCUGGUAUUAUCAUUGAUUACGAAAAGCACAUUCUUCAGUUAGUACAAGGCCCUGACCACAACGUUUAUUCGUAUUUAUCCGAUUUGAAAUCGGCAACAAAUCUGAUGAUUAAUAAUUUUAUUAUUUUUUUUGAUGAUGACACGGAUAAGCUUAAAAUAAAUGACUGGGUUUAUAUCGAUAAAGUACCUCCUAAGGCACUAGAAGAAGUCGAAGGUUUAGAAAAAUCAGAAGAGGAAAUUUCAGAUUCUGCAAUAGGCGAUUUAUUUAAUCUAAUAGAGUUAGGAUCUAAUUGUAUCGAACAAAGUCAGGUUCAAAAAGUUAGUUUUUCGGACAUUGCUAGAGUCAAAUAUCCAAAGCUUUUCCCAAGCAUAAAUUCGCUUAUGAUGUAUAAAAAGUGCAAGUUAUUUUUUACUUUGGAUGAAUUUGUAGAAAAUUUAUGUAUGUUUCCACAAUUGACUCAAGAUUGUGAACUAAAUUAUCCACUAGAAGAUCCAUUAAAAUACUAAGGCAUGCUAAAUGCUUACGUCCUUAUAGCGCCAAUGUAUAAAUAUUUUAAUUUUUAAACAAAA